GGGACUCCAUUUCCCAUCGUGCCCCGCGGCGCAGCGGCGCUGCUGCGGAGCGUGGUGAGGGCGCUGGGGUCGUGAGCGCGACCCCAUUGUGCCCCGAUGCCGCCCCCGACCCUCUCAGCGCUGCCCUCCGGCCCCGUCGCCCGCUCCAUCCUCUCCAAGCUGACGGCAGCCCUGCAGCCCACCCACCUCCACCUGGAGGACCACUCCCCCCGGCACGGCGCCCCCCCCGGCUCCGAGACUCACUUCGGGCUGCUGGUGGUCAGCGGGCGCUUCGAGGGGCUCAGCCCCAUUGAGCGACACCGCCUGGUGCACGCCGUGCUGGGCGCGGAGCUCCGGGGGCCGCUGCACGCGCUCAGCAUCGUCGCCCGGACCCCCCAGCAGUGGGAGAGGGACCCCAAUAUACCCCAACCGCCCCCCUGCAUGGGGGGGUCCAAGCGGGACAAGCGCCAGGCUGAGGGGGAUGCAGCGGCGUCGCAAUAGAUGCAGUGUUAUUGCGAUAGGUGCUGCAGUGUCACGAUAGAUGCUGUGUUAUCGCAAUAGGUGCUGCGGCGUCACAAUAGAUGCUAUGUUAUCACUAUAGGUGCUGCAGUGUCACGAUAGAUGCUGUGUUAUUGCAAUAGGUGCUGCAGCGUCGCGAUAGAUGCAAUGUUAUUGCGAUAGGUGCUGCAGUGUCACGAUAGAUGUUGUGUUAUCACUAUAGGUGCUGCAGUGUCACGAUAGAUGCUGUGUUAUUGCAAUAGGUGCUGCAGCGUCGCGAUAGAUGCAAUGUUAUUGCGAUAGGUGCUGCAGUGUCACGAUAGAUGCAGUGUUAUCGCGAUAGGUGCUGCAGUAUUGCGAUAGACGCAGUGUUAUCACUGUAGGUGCUGCAGUGUCACGAUAGAUGCUGUGUUAUUGCAAUAGGUGCUGCGGCGUCGCGAUAGAUGCUGUGUUAUCGCGAUAGGUGCUGCAGUGUCACGAUAGAUGCUGUGUUAUCGCGAUAGGUGCUGCAGUGUCACGAUAGCUGCUGUGUCAUGGCAACAGAUGCUGCAUCAUCGCAAUAAAUGCAGUGUCAUUGCGAUAAAUGCUGUGUCGUUGUGAUAAAUGCAGUGUCAUUGCGAUAAGUGCUGUGUCAUCACGACAGACGCUGCGUCGUGGUGACGGAUGCGGUGUCAUUGCGCCAUGCACUGUCGCGAUAGAUGCUGUGUCAUCGCGAUAGGUGCUGCAGUGUCGCGAUAGCUGCUGUGUCAUGGCGACAGAUGCUGCGUCAUCGCAAUAAAUGCAGUGUAAUCACGACGGAUGCUGUGCCACUGUGAUAAUUGCUGCGUCAUUGCAAUAAAUGCUGUGUCAUUGCGAUAAAUGCAGUGUCAUUGCGAUAAGUGCUGUGUCAUCACGACAGAUGCUGCGUCAUGGUGACGGAUGCGGUGUCAUUGCAGCAGAUGCACUGUCGCGAUAGGUGCUGUGUCAUCACGAUAGGUGCUGCAGUGUUGCGAUAGCUGCUGUGUCAUGGCGACAGAUGCUGCGUCAUCGCAAUAAAUGCAGUGUAAUCACAACGGAUGCUGUGCCACUGUGAUAAUUGCUGUGUCAUUGCAAUAAAUGCUGUGUCAUUGCGAUAAGUGCUGUGUCAUUGCGAUAAGUGCUGUGUCAUCACGACAGACACUGCGUCAUGGUGACGGAUGCGGUGUCAUUGCAGCAGAUGCACUGUCGCGAUAGGUGCUGUGCCAUCACGAUAGGUGCUGCAGUGUCGCGAUAGAUGCGGUGUCAUGGCGACAGAUGCUGCGUCAUCGCAAUAAAUGCUGUGUCAUUGUGAUAAAUGAGGUGUAAUCACGACGGAUGCUGUGCCACUGUGAUAAAUGCUGCGUCAUUGCAAUAAAUGCAGUGUCAUUGCGAUAA